GUUAUCGACGUUGUUGUUGUGAAUACCUUCAUUUUGCCAAUCUUCACAUUCCCUUCAUCGCCGAACAAAUACCUCUACCGCUUCACUCUUUCAGCGGGCAUUCUUUACGAGCAAUUUCACGGACAUAUCGAUCGUGUGGGAGGAUAUCAUCCAAUCAAAAUUCGAUUCUUAAUAUACAAUAUAAUCUACCAUAUACAAGAUGAAGGCCGGAGUUCUCGCAGUCGCGGCUGCUAUUGCAGGUGGUGUUAAUGCCAGAGACCUUGGAAGGAGACAUGGUCAUCAAGAUUUCCAUGAGAGAGGAUUAUUAGCAACCCCAUCGGAGUCUUGUGGUUGCACCACUGUUUGGUCUACCGUCACUGGUGAACCUCAAUUAUACUUUCCACCAGCUCCAACCGCUGCUUCUAGUUCAGCCGUAGCACCACCACCAUCGUCAGCAACAUCUCUUGAAGGCGUUUCAUCUGUCCCAGUAGCUUCUGCUCCAGGCUCAUCCGCACCAGCACCAUCCGCACCAGCACCAUCUGCUCCAGCAGCUUCUGUUCCAGGAUCAUCUGCUCCAGCACCAUCUGCUCCAGCAGCUUCUGUUCCAGGAUCAUCUGCUCCAGCACCAUCUGCUCCAGCAGCUUCUGUUCCAGGAUCAUCUGCUCCAGCAUCGUCAGCUCCAGCCACUUCCCAGGGGGUCUCAACUGUUCCUACUUCUCCAGCUUCAACUGCCCCAGCCGUUGUCCCCACUCCUUUGGCAACCACGUGCCCAACUCCAGGUGUCUACACCAUCCCAGCCACAACUGUGACUUUGACUGAGUCCACCACUGUCUGUGGUGCUACGUCAACUGGUCUUCCAUCUGCAGGAACUUACACCGUUGGAGGUGUCACCACUGUCGUAACCACCGCCACAACAGUUGUAUGCCCAUACGCUGCUGUCUCAACUUCAGAAGGUGUUGUUACAAGCACCAUCUUGACCACCACCUAUGUAUGCCCAUCCGCAGGAACAUACACCAUCAACCCAUUAACCACCACCGUUACUGAGCCCGCCGUUUGGGUUUACCCAACCCCUGCUUCCUAUGCUCCAGGAACAUACACACAACCUGAAGUUGUCACCACCAUUACCGAAACCAAUGUGGUUAUCUUCUGCCCUUACUCUUCAUCCGCUACCACGAUUGUUGAUGCAACAUUACCAGCUAGCACACCUGCCCAGGCCACUUCUGCUCCAGCCCCAGUUACAACUUCUGUCGUAGUCCCAGUCGCAACACCAAGCACUAGCUCAGUUUAUGUUGCUCCAUCCUCAAGCGCUGUCUAUGUUGCUCCAUCCUCAAGCGCUGUAUCCGUUGUCCCAUCUUCUUCCGUCGUCCCAUCAUCUUCCGUAGUUGCAUCUUCCGUUGCAUCUUCCGUUGCAUCUCCAUCUGCCUCCUCCACUUCCACUUCCUCUGCCGGAAAUGGAGGUAGUGUAGGAAGCUCUGGAAGCCAAUGGGCCAUGACUUAUUCCCCAUACCAAGAUUCUGGAGCUUGCAAGACCGCUGCAGAAGUUUCCGUUGAUAUCGCACUCAUUGCCUCCAAGGGUUUCACUGCCGUCCGUAUCUACAGUACCGAUUGCUCCGGACUCGAGAACGUCGGUAACGCUGCCAAGAUUGCUGGUAUCAAGAUGAUCGUCGGUAUCUUCAUUAGUGAGACCGGAUGUUCCGGAGCAGCCAGUCAAGUCACCGAACUUAUUGCAUGGGGACAAUGGUCUCUCGUUGAGCUCAUCGUUGUUGGUAACGAGGCCAUCUUUGGUGGACACACUACCGCCUCUGAACUCGCCGGAUUCAUCAGCUCCUCCCGAUCAUCCUUCGCAAGUGCCGGAUACACUGGUCAAAUCACCACCACUGAGCCUCUCAACAUCUGGCAAGAAAACACCAGUGUUCUCUGUGGCGCCGUCGACAUCACUGGUGCUAACCUUCACCCAUUCUUCAACGCUGAAGUCACUGCCGAAAAUGCUGGUAAAUUCGCCCUCUCCCAACUCGAGCUCGCCGAUGCUAUCUGCCCUGGUCUUACUGCCAUCAACCUCGAGUGCGGAUGGCCUUCUGCUGGUACCUGUAACGGACUUGCUUGCCCAGGUGAGCAAGAGCAAAAGACUGCCGUUGCUAGUAUCAUCUCGUCGUGUGGUGGACGUGCCGCUAUCUUCUCCUACACCAACGACCUCUGGAAACAACCAGGUGGAUUCGGCUGUGAGCAAAGUUGGGGUUCCAUCCAUCUUUUCUAGAUGACUUGUUAAAUAAGGGAUUGAAAUAUAUAUACAUGACAAGAUAUUAAUUUAUAUGAUAUAUUUCCUUUGUUUUUCUAGCAUCGCAUUACAGAAGUAUGGCAUGACCACGGCAUCCAACUUUUACGAAUGGAACGGGGAUAAAUUAAAAAAUACUUGAAGGAUUGGGGCAUUUUUUCUAUGUUAUUUUUUGGAUCUUGGAUAUUUAGCACUUUUGGCUUGGGAGAAGCGGUUGGAGUAGAGGUUGAGAAAUGGGCUUUGCAUCUCUGCAAUUUUGCAUGCACUGUGCUUUAGGCAGAUUACAUUACUAUAUACAAUACUUACAUUAAUUACUCAUAAGUGGAUAUGGCGAAUGCCAAAAUCAAAUUCAGACUCAGAUUUGGA